UAUUAUUAUUUUUAUUUUUAUUAUUCUUCUUUUUUAAAAAAGCAAUAAUCGCUUUUUUUUAAUCAUUAACUUGGAAAUGACAUCAAAUACAAAGAAUAUUAAGACUUCUACUUGUCUUACACCAAAACUUAUAUUAAAACCCACAUCAAGUAAACCAAUUAUAACAACUACGACAAUGUUUUCUCCAUCUUCACCGAUAGCAACAGGUGUUUUCGUCUUACCAAUAAAACAAAAAAGUAAUCGAAAAGGAAGUCGUCAUUCACCUAAACAUUUACGAAAACCUCCAUCAUUUGAUACAUACUUACAUUCUUCGGCCACCACACCUACACCUACUCACCGUGGUUAUAUGACGAGAACUCCUUCUUUAUCCUCUUCAUACUCUUCUACAUCCUCUUUAGUGGACGCAGAUGAAGAAAUGUUGUACGGUUAUGGUUCACCGAAAUCUUCUGCUUCAACAUCAUCAGUGCAUCGACAUCGAAGGAUUUCAUCCGCUUAUAAAGUUAGGUUUGCAGAUAUUGGGGAUGAUGGUAGUAGUAUUGUUAGUUCUUCAAGUAGUAUUGAUGAAUGGGAUGACAUGGAUAUUGACGAAGAAGAAGAAGAUUAUAUUUUUAUUUCUAGACAAUCUCCGCCAGCUAAUCAUUACUUUAACUAUCAUGACAAAGGUGGUUCGACUUAAAUAAUAAUAAUCUCGAUUUUUUAACUUUUUGAGUACAGUACAUCAUCUUUUUACGAAAAAUUCGAAUUGAACAAAAAAAAAAAAAGAA